AUGGACUCUGCUUCCGCUUCUGCGUCCUCGUCGGAGGCGGAGGAGGAGCCCGGGCGCGCUCCGCCGCCGCGCAUGACCACGGUCUCGCGCCACUACUUCGGCGGCGCCUCUGCCGAGAGCGACCACGACCUCCGCGUCGACAUCGUCGAGAACAUAGAGGAGGAUUACGGGAUGUUCGUCUGGCCAUGCAGCGUCAUCCUCGCGGAAUACGUGUGGCAGCAGAGGCCGCGCUUCUCCCGCUCCAGAGUUGUCGAGCUUGGUGCGGGAACCUCGCUACCGGGUUUAGUAGCUGCAAAAGUUGGAGCAGAUGUUACGCUGACAGACAUUGCACAUAAUGCAGAACUUUCCGCUUUCGUUGGCAAUGAGCAGGUACUGGACAAUAUACGGCAAAUAUGCAGUCUCAAUAACGCCAACUGCACGGUAUUGGGACUUACUUGGGGAGAUUGGGAUGAACCUGUGUUUGAUUUGCACCCUGAUAUUAUUCUCGGAGCCGAUGUGCUUUAUGAUUCAGCAAAAUUUGACGAUCUCUUUGCGACGGUUACCUUCCUCCUGGAAAAUUCUCCUGGGGCAGUGUUCAUCACCACAUACCACAAUCGCAGGUUCCAAGAAAUUCUUCAGCCUUCUCCACUUGAUAAAAUUCCUGGGAGCUACUGCCCUAAUAUAUUGGCUCGAUUCUUUUGCGCAGUGGUCAUCACUUGA